AUGUACUACCUCAGGAGCGUCGCUCUUCUUUCACUCCCAGCUUCAAUAUGCCUCGGGGGAGUGGCAAACCCGGUCGCUAAUAUCCCGCCUCUCCAAGUAGGAGGGGAUAUCCGUCGUAUUGAACGUGAUGCUGUGUCUUCUGGUAGCCCACCCUCUAUUUGCCUUGGAGGCUCAUGCAUGGCUGUUCAAGGAGGCGUCAAGCUCCGGAUUCUUGGUGUUGGGGCUUCGAUCACUGUUGGAUAUGGCCCUGGGACGGAUGGGAAUGGGUAUAGGAAACGACUUCAAGAGAAUCUUGGUGGGAACGAAGUCGUCUGGGUCGGAACUGAAAAGAACUCCAAAAGCGAUAUGGCACAUGGUUAUUUCUCAGGCUGGAACGGCAAAACAAUUCAAUAUAUAAACAACCACAUCGAUCCAGCCCUCUCCCAACGCCCCAACCUAAUCCUGAUCUUCGCCGGAACAAACGACAUGAAUAGCAACCCGCACAUCUCCAAAGAAGGCAACGACCCAGCCCUCGUCGCCUCCCGUCUUAAAGAAAUGGUCGAAAAGAUGAUAUACAAGUGUCCCGACGCAACUAUCCUUCUCGGCAUGAUAGCCAACACUUGCGACUCCAAACAUUACCACGGCCAACGCGAGCGAACAAAGGUUUACAGACGUCAUAUUGCGGACGUGGCUGCUGGGUUGUCUGCCAAGAGAUCGAAAGUUCUUGCUGCUGAUUUUGGACCUUUUGAGGAUUCUUGGUUGAGUGAUUGUGUGCAUCCUACACAUUUUGGAUAUCAGGUUAUGGGGGAUUGGUGGUUUGAUUUUAUUAGACAGGUUCCUGAGGGUUGGAUCACGAAGCCUGUUGGACCUGACCCCGUUCGGAAGUCAUGA